AUGCAAAUUAUAGUGCAUAUCACAAACAAUGGAACAAUUAACAUGUCGGGGUUUCCAGUCUUACAAAAAUCGGGCGAGCAAUACACAACACACACCGACAAUUCAACACUCGUCAGAGCAAAUGCGCUUGUUCAAAACAUUGACGAGACGACGAAGAAAUUUUCAAAUGAGCGUCCAGCACUUCCGCAGUCGAGUGUCUCUCCAAACGACAUCACAAAACCAAGUUGGGACAGCCUGAUGAGUUCGAUUGUUUCAGUCGGAACGACUCGCUCGAACCAUCGCGCAAAGACUGAUGAGCAACGUGUGAAGAAGACUGCGGUGAUGGAAGAGUUAGUGAAUGUCAAGAAAGUUCAUCACAAAGCUCAUCGUCCCGAGAAGAAAGAAGUGAAAGAGAAGAAACAGCCGACCUUUUUACCUUCAGCCUUUUUGACUUACACUACCUUCUCUAAGUCUCAAAUCGUUUGGGAAGUCCCGGCUUCCCUUAUCAAUUCCACUUUAAUGAAGUAUUACGCUUUAAUGCCUUCUAUGAUGUUCAUCUAUGAAACAGACGUCGCCUCUUUCGGAACUUAUUGUGUCGACCCACCUCUUCUCAUCAACGGUCAAGUCUUAUUCGCAUCAAAAUUCACCGUUUUCGUUAUCGACAAGAAGAAGCGCUUCGAAAAGCGAAUUAAGAUCUCAAAAACUGAAAUCGGAAAGAUCGCAAAGGACGUCGUCAUAGCUUCCGCUAACCACUCCAUCACUGAAAUGAGUGAAGGUUUCGCCAUAUAUAUCAAGAACUUACCUCCUUAUAAAAAUGAAGAUAUUUUCUAUCAGAACACCUAUCAUUAUAUUAAGUCAAUUACUGUCGCUACCUUUUACUCGUAG